AUAUGUAGUUACGCCAUAGAAUAUAGUUCUGCAUAUCUUUCGAAUUUUUUUGCGAACAGAUAAUGAGAUUUAGAAACUAUUACGAAGGCGAUGAACUGCAUCGCUCGCCAAAUGGCAGUUACAAAUGUAUUUUUGGAUAGUUUACUCUGGAGAAGUUGUUCUAUGCUGCAUAUCAAGUUACUCUCUGAAUUACUCUUCCUAGAAAUUAACGGUUUUCACACAAAUUUAGCAGUUGCAGUGUAAUUGUUAAGAGAAAAAAACAAGGGAUCUUUUGUUUGCUAAAUGAUAUGGGGGGAAAAAAGAGAAAGAAAGAGAAUUUUGGCACUGCACAGUAAUGAUGAGGUAUGCGCCCAAAAUAAAGUGAGAAUAAAAGGCGCUCGCACGUGCCCUCUGUGUAAAUUUUUAAAAGAAAAUCGACCCGGAUCUUCUUCAUGUCUCUGUUCUGGAUAUUCAAAUUAGUGUUUGGCACUUUGUAUCCUGCAUAUGCAUCUUAUAAAGCAGUCAAAACAAAGAAUGUGAAAGAAUAUGUAAAAUGGAUGAUGUAUUGGAUAGUAUUUGCACUUUUUACUUGCAUAGAAACUUUUGCAGACAUUUUUGUGUCAUUUUGGCUUCCUUUCUAUUAUGAAAUGAAGAUUUUAUUUGUAUUAUGGUUGCUAUCACCAGCUACUAAAGGGUCCAGCAUUUUAUAUAGAAGAUUUGUUCACCCCCAGCUGACUAGACGUGAGAAGGAAAUAGAUGACUACAUUGCUAAGGCACGGGACCAAGGCUAUGCUACUAUGCUUCAACUUGGUUCUAGGGGUUUAAGUUAUGCCACUGCCGUAGUAAUGCAGACAGCUCUAAAGGGUCAAGCAACUCUGGUCAGUCAUUUGCGCAAAAGCUACAGUAUGAGUGAUUUGGGACAAGAUGACAGGAGUGCUUCCCAGUACUCUUCAGCAAGAACACGCCGUAAUACUCAAUGUGAUGAAACAGAUAGUGGAGAAGAAGCAGCAUUACACCAAAAAUGGGUUUCAGAAGGUAUUUUGACAGAUAGUGAAGAUCAGCAAAAGGGCUUCCGUGAUGAAUCUCAGGAUGAACAGAUUAGUGUCACACAGAGCGAAUCAGCUCCAGUUUUUCGGCGUACACGAAGUGUUCAUAAAGCUCCAAGGAGUAUCCACAGUACAGCUCAUAGAAGUGUUCCGCCUGGAUUAAAACAGGGUGAAGUGACAUAUGCUACGCUUCCUCGGGCUAGUAGGACAAGAGUUAGUAAAAAACGAACUAUUAAACCGUCAUGAUAAGAAAAGCACAAGACAAGCUGGUCAAUAUUAUUUGUUCAACAAGAGUAUUGUCAGAAGUAUUUUGUUACUUUACAAUAAUUUAUUCAAACACUUCACAUUCUGCAUUCUUUUAAAUGGCAUAAUUUUUGUUAUAAAGGCAUUCCACCAGUUUGAUUAUUCAAGUGAGACGACGAAGAAUUGAACUUUUAGUAGUAAAGAAGUGCUCAGAAAUUAUUUUAUUCAGAAUCUUAAAUUCUGGUGUGGUGCCUUUUAUAGACACUUAAAAGUGCUUUGCAAUGAUAGUAAAAUACAUUAUAGUAUAAUUGCAAACUGCUCCACAAGAAGACAUGAUGGGUAGCAAAUCAACUGUAUUAAAAGUUAUUUAAGAAAAAAUUUACCUAAAAUACAAGUUUAGGAAUGUUUAAAAUUAUUUGGAGUGUUAAUGUUGAGAGUUUACAGAAAUUUUGCAUUGUGUCACUGUGGUGCCUUAAACAUGCUUUGAAUAUCCUUUUCCAAACUGCCUGAAUGAGAUUAUUAACUUAUAGUUUAUAAAAAUUGUUGAAUUAUCUGUUUUGAAUUUCCCCAGUUUUAAAAAUUAUGUUUUUAGUAAGAUAUUGCUUGCAUUGUUAGCACCUGUUUGCAAGCUAGCAAUGUCACAGCAUUAUGUAAUAUUCAAUAUGUUUUUAAAUCAGGGAAGUGAGUGUUAUAUAAAGUUCCUUGGUAAAAAAUUCCUAUGUCUCCAAUGCUUUAAAUAAAUAGAUAUUUUUUAAAUAUUGUGCCAAAAUCAAAAUGUUUUUGUUGCUUGAUUCUUUUGAAUGCAUUUAUUUGUUAGAAUGAAAUAAGCAUUGGAAUUUUGCAAAAUUAAAAAUUUAUAUACUAAAAUUUAAAAGUACUAAUAAUACUUUAUUUUGAAAAUGUAAUGUUUAAAUUUUGCUGAAAAAAGCUAUGUAAAAUCAUAAGUUACAUUUAAUAAUAAUUUAGAAUGCUAAUUAAAAAUUGUUACAUUUAUUAUAAUUAAAUAUUUAUGAAAUGUUUUUGUCUUCUACAUGAAAAUUAUGUAGAAGACCUAAGUGAUGUAUCAAAGCAUGUAUACUUGCCAAAUCUUUCAUAUCAGUUGUGAGCAAUAAAAUAACUUAAAACAAAAGAAUUAACAGAAAGAAUAACAACAUUUGUUAACAUAAACUGAGCAUCUCAAAAUCUUAACAAAAGCUUCAAUGUAUUUUUCAAUUUACACAAAUUUUUUUUUUUUAAGACAUUCCAUGACCUGUAUUAUUUUUCCCACUCCCACUCUUUCUCCAAUAUACUGUAUAUGUAUACACAUUCUUGUCUGUGAUUUGUUUUAAGAAUUAUUAAAUAUUUCUUGAAUAUUUAUAGAGCACGUUUUAUAAUUUUUUGACGUUACUUUCAUUUUACACAGUUGAAUAGUAUUACUUUGUAACUGGGUAAUUAGUUUUGCUACAGGUAUUAUUUACAAAAAAGGAAUGUAAAUUAAAUAGGAAAAUAAGCUACCCUUGUAUCAAAUUGAAAUUUAUUGGAAGUUUUGUACAGAAAGCUUCAUCCUUUCGGAUGCUGUGUAUAUUGAUUCUUAAGUGUGAUGAAUAAAUGUGAAUAUACAAAUG